AUGGCUAAGAAGCAGAUAGCUGUGAUUGGAGCUGGGAUCAGUGGCCUGGGAGCCAUCAAGUGCUGUUUGGAUGAAGAUUUGGAGCCUACCUGCUUUGAAAGAAGUGACGACAUCGGAGGCCUUUGGAAAUUUCAAAAAAACCCUUUGGAGAAAAUGCCUAGCAUCUACAAGUCUGUGACUAUCAACACUUCCAAAGAAAUGAUGUGCUUCAGUGACUUCCCCAUUCCUGAGGACUUUCCCAACUACAUGCAUAACUGCAAACUCAUGGAAUACCUCAGGAAGUACGCCACGCACUUCAGCCUUCUUCGUUACAUUCGAUUUAAGACCACAGUGAGGAGUGUGCGGAAGCGUCCAGACUUUGGAGUCAGUGGACAAUGGGAUGUGGUUGUGGAGACUGAUGGGAAACAGGAGAGCCUGGUCUUUGAUGGGAUUCUGGUCUGCAGUGGCCAUCACACAGACCCCCACCUGCCACUUAAGUCCUUCCCAGGCAUUAAGAAGUUUGAAGGCUGUUAUUUCCAUAGUCGGGAAUACAAAAGUCCUGAGGACUACACAGGAAAGAGAAUCAUAGUGGUCGGCAUUGGGAAUUCUGGUGUGGACAUUGCAGUGGAACUUGGCCGAGUAGCAAAACAGGUAUUCCUCAGCACUCGACGAGGAUCGUGGAUUUUACACCGCGUCUGGAGUAAUGGAUAUCCCAUGGAUAGUUCAUUCUUCACUCGGUUCCAUAGCUUUCUCCAGAAAAUAUUAACCACAGCAGCAGUAAAUAAGUAUCUAGAGAAGAUGCUGAACUCCAGAUUCAACCAUGCACAUUAUGGUCUGCAGCCACAGCACAGGUGA